AUGUCGAGUGAAGGAGUCGAGGCGUCUGCGACUGGCCAGACGAACCAAGAUGGCAUUGCUUUGGCUCCAGCCGCAGACACACAGAUCACUUCUACUGGCACGGAUGCAGACAAGCCAGAAGCCACGGCUAAUGGCGAUGAGAAGCCGGUAUCUACGGAAAAUACCGAAAAGCCGGCGGUAGAGACCAACGCACCAGCCGAAGAUAAGAAGGUUGAAGGGGCCAAAGAAGAAUCCAAAGAAGAGUCCAAGGAAGAGCACAAAGAAGAAUCCAAGGAAGAAGCCAAAGAGCAGCCCGAAGAGGCCAAGGGAGAGAAGGAAACUGGACAGAAGCGUGACCAUGCUGCCAUGUCUACUGCCGAACCCGCCGCAACUACCGCUGACUCCAAGGACGAGAAGGAAGAGACCAAGGCCGAACCCACCGAACCAGCCGAGAAGAAACAAAAGGUUGAGAAGAAAAAUGAGCCCGUCUCUACUACGGCUGCUACUGCUGCUGAAGCAACGGAGAACGGCAAUGCCAAUGGAAACAGUAAUGGCAACGAAGCCGCGAAGCGAGGACCAGGCCGGCCCAAGAAAUCUGGCGGAGUCUCAGCAACACCCCAGAAGAAGAAGACGCCUACACCACGCAGCUCUGACGGAGUGGGAAGCAGAACUAGAAGCCGUCGACCCCAGGCCGAAGCUUGA